UUUAGGAAUUAGUCUCCUUUAAAGAUAACCCCAUCAUGUGAACAUCUAAUAGCUUUGCUACGUCACUAUGGGAACACUAUUGAGGUAUGACUACUGAGGUAGGACUGCUUAGGUAUGUUCAUUUACCAAAUGCAUCUUACUUUAAUUAGAUAUUGGUGGGACCACUGAGACCAACUAUAGGACCACUUCUGUUUUUUUUUUUUUUUUUGGUUAAAAAAUAGGACCACUUCCGUAGUUCUGUUGUUUAGUGGUGCUGAUACUAAAUUUUUAGCUAGCUGCAAGUAAUGACUGCUUAAUUUACAUCUUGGGGUAUCACUGGAAUUUCAAUAUAGAUUCUGGAUCAUACAUCUGUAUCUGCUUGCUACUGCACAUACUUGGAGAAUUUUGCGAAUAAGCACUGGAUAAAGCCUUCCAAAUAUCGAACGAAGUGGUAAGGCUGACAAUAUGGCCGAGAGCUUCUUCUGAAAUAGUAACUAUGAGCCAGCCUUUAACCUGUCUGUCUGUGCGUGUCCAUGCCACCAGAUCUAUGCAUGUGAGGAACUUUGCCUUCAUUAUUAACGCCAUUGAUCUCACCUUCGGGUGGUGGACUGUCUAAUGUGAUAAAACCAAGAAGAUGCUGACUUUUAAUUAAGGAUAGAACUGUGUUUCCAACAAGAGAUAGUUGGAAAAUAUGAGUUUCACAGAUACGAAAUUUGCUACAAUGAGGUUAGCAGGAUAUGAGUAUUUUGAAAAACUGUAGCCAUUUGAUUAAGAAGACAGAACUAAGAACUGCAAAGAGAAGUGGAAGAGAGAGCUAGAUGGAUCGUGCUAUUUAGAGCUUUGGUGGCUCUAAUACCAUAAAGAUAAUUUAAAAGAGGCUUGUAAUUGUGAAGUCAUACCAUUUUUUUAUUGCCAAGUUUACAUAUAAAUAUGGGAAGUUGUUUACAACACAAUAUCCAGAUAGUUGAUACAACAAAAUAUUAAUAAAUCUUUUGAAAUCAAGGUGGAUAAAUAAAUUCAAAACACUUUGAAUUUGCAUUUAUUGAAUUUGAACUUCCUCCAGGUAUGCCGCCUAACUCCUUUUCACUGUUCUGUUAGAGUACCUACAAGUUUUUAAUAGUUGAGAGGCUUUUUCCGCAAUUUUCCUAACCAUUAAUUACUAUGUCCACUAGGUUGAUGCCACCAAGAAUGAGAAUAAUGACUUAAUAUCUGAGUGUAAUGCAAUGCAGUCACUUGAUGCAAAUUAUGACUAAAAUUAUUUCAGAAACUCUAUCCCAUUCAGUCCCAUAAUUCUGCCGUUAAUUGGCAGGGUAAGCUGCAUAGUACUUGGGCCAAUAUAUAUAUACUUUUGUCUGUUAGUUUCCAUGCAUUGUGCUUGUAAAUUAAAAUCCCCUGUCAAUAUGAAAAAUUUCAAAGAUGUGGAAUGGCCUGUGAUUUAUGUGGGUAAACAUGUGGUAGAUGAUGUCUGCAGGGUUCAAAAAUAAUUUUUAAUUUGACAUUCUUGCUGAGACAAUUCAAUUGCUGUUUUUUCUAAUGUAUAACAGUGCGCCGUUUUCUGAAAAGGCUAAUGUUAAGAGUUCUUAAAGCAAUAGGUGCGCAGAGUCCUACUAUUCACAAGGUUACUGCAUGCUUUCCCAGUACUUUUCUAUUUAAACUUUUUUUUAAUACUUCUACUUGGAGAAGAAUUGUUGCAGGUAUUGAAAAGAUAUUGGAUAUGAGGUCAAAAAACAAUCAAGCCCAUGAACUACUCAGUAAGAUGUGUUCUCCAAUCUGGACUUUUGAUUCGAAACAUGUGGGAGUACACUUGAAGCGAUAAAAAGAGCCAUCAAAUGUGGGAAUGUUGAAUUUGUUGAGGAAGUCCUGAAGUCAAAUCCUGCUUUGUUAUGGGGGAAUAGGGAAAACGGAACCAUAUUUCACAUUGCAGUUGCUUUCCGUCAGGAGAAAAUAUGGAACCUCAUAUAUGGUUUAAGUACCGAACAUAGAAAUAAAAUCACUGGAAUUCUAGUAGAAUCAAACAGCUUGCUACAUGUAGCUGCAUGUCCAAUGGUAAUGCUUGAAACCAUAAGAAUUCAACAUGAAGCUCCAAAAGAAGUGAAGGGAGAACAACAGUUCCAGAAGGUAUUUAAUAAAGCUCGUGAUGCAGCUAUGAAAAUGCAGAGAGAACUACAAUGGUACAAGGAGGUCGAGAGGAUGGUACCAUCUUCAUAUAUACUUCUUCCUAACAAGUAUGGAGAAACUCCUUCAGAUUUGUUCUCAAACUAUCACUAUAACUUAGUCAAAGAAGGAGAACAAUGGAUGGGAGAUACAGCAGGAUCAUUCACAAUCGUUGCCGCUCUCAUUGUCACUGUUAUGUUUGCGGCAGCCUUCACAUUACCAGGUGGCACUGAUGAAAAUUCGGGAAACCCCAAGUUCCUACAGCGCAACUCUUUUAUGGUUUUCAUUCUAUCAGAUGCAAUCUCUCUAUUCUCUUCAGUUACUGCAGUAUUAAUGUUCCUGAGCAUUCUCACUUCACGUUGUACUAAAGAUGAUUUCCUCAACUCAUUACCCAAGAGACUAAUAAUUGGUCUCGCCUCUCUUUUCUUAUCUAUUGCCACCAUGAUGGUCACUUUUGUUGCCACUCUUGGUAUUGUGCUUGGUGAACGGAGAAGAAUGGUGGUUGUUCCAAUCGCUUUGCUUGCUAGUGUCCCAGUAGCCUCAUUUGUUCUAUUGCAAUUUUCCCUAUUUGUUGACAUUUUCUCAUCAACCUAUGGACGCGGUAUCUUCAACCAGAAAACAAAAUGUUCUUUCUUCAACAACCCAAAUAAGUAUGUUCCUUCAAAUCACAGAUAUUUCUCUCUUGUGUAAUUAAUAUGCAAUGAUUGUGGUAUUACUAUGUCAUUGGCAUAUAUAAUUCUUAUCAUGGUUCACUAUAAUCGCUAUUUGUACUAGUAAUUAUGUAUCUUAAGCAGAAUAAGAGAGUGCUUAUAUUUAUGAAACAUGAAAUGAGUGCUUUUUUUAUUUU